GCUUAGCAGGUUCUCAGCCCUGGACCAUCUCAGUUCUUUCCCUUCUUUCAGACUUGACAUGAGUCCUGAGACCAGCAGGCAAAAGUCCUAGCAUCUAGAUUUGGAUCCCUGUAAACCAGCGGUCACCAAUCUCAACCGGCCAUCAGAGAAUUUUCUAGAGUUUUCCUCGUGGCUUGUGGCGCUGGGCCUUGUUUCCCCGAAGGCACGAUGUCUCGCUUGCGGCAGCCCCCCCUGGUGACGGGCAUCUCUCCCAACGAGGGAAUACCUUGGACGAAGGUCACGAUUAGAGGAGAAAACCUGGGGACUGGCCCCACUGACCUCCUGGGUCUGACCAUCUGUGGGCACAACUGCCUCCUGACGGCGGAGUGGAUAUCUGCGAGUAAGAUCGUGUGUCGCGUGGGGCGGGCUGAGAACGACAGGGGCGACAUCAUCGUCACGACCAAGUCCGGAGGCAGAGGGACCUCCACGGUCUCUUUCAAGCUGCUCAAACCUGAGAAAAUAGGGAUCCUGGACCAGUCGGCCGUGUGGGUGGAGGAGAUGAGCUACUACGACGUUCGCACCGACAGGAGUAAAGGCGCCCCGCCCUUGUCCCUGCGCCCCGCCAACCCCCUUGGCAUCGAGAUCCAGACAGGUAAAUUUCCCCAGAAGGACUUGGAAGCGCUGUUCCCUGGAAUGAGUGCUGAUUUUACAAGUGAGAACUUUUCGGCUGCCUGGUAUCUGAUAGAGAACCACUCCAGCACCAGUUUUGAGCAGCUCAAGGGAGCGGUCGCCCACCUGAAGAGACAGGCCAACAAGAAGAGCGAGGGCAGCCUGGCAUACGUGAAAGGGGGGCUCAGUACCUUCUUCGAGGCCCAGGACGCCCUCUCAGCCAUCCAUCAGAAACUGGAGGCGGACGGCACAGAGAGAGUAGGGGGGUCCAUGACGCAGAGGCUGGAGGACGUUCUGAACAGAGCAAGUAACACGGCGGACACGUUGUUUCAAGAAGUCCUAGGGCGGAAGGACAAGGCCGACUCCACCAGGAACGCCCUCAACGUGCUGCAGCGGUUCAAGUUCCUCUUCAACCUCCCUCUGAACAUUGAGAGGAACAUUCAGAAGGGUGAUUAUGAUGUGGUUAUUAACGAUUAUGAAAAGGCCAAGUCUCUUUUUGGGAAAACAGAGGUGCAAGUUUUCAAGAAAUACUAUGCUGAAGUAGAAAUGCGGAUUGAAGCUUUGAGAGAAUUACUUCUGGAUAAGUUGCUUGAGACGCCGUCGACCUUACAUGACCAGAAACGUUACAUAAGGUACCUGAGCGACCUCCACGCCCCGGGCGACCCUGCGUGGCAGUGCAUCGGAGCCCAGCACCGGUGGAUCCUCCAGCUCAUGGCCCACUGUAGAGAGGGCUGCCUGCCGGACCUCAGAGGGUCGCCAGGCCUGCACGGCGCUGCGCUGGAGCUGGACGGGGACUCGCGGCCCUCUGUGCUGGGUCACCUGGGCCAGACGGCGUCGCUGAAGCGGGGCAGCAGCUCUCAGCCGGGUCGCGAUGACACGUGGAGGGACAGGACCCCGCACCGGGUGGCCUUUGUUGAAAAACUGACCAAGCUUGUCUUGAGUCAGCUGCCCAACUUCUGGAAGCUCUGGGUCUCCUACGUCACCGGAAGUCUCUUCAGCGAGACUGCUGAGAAGUCAGGCCACAUUGAGAGAUCGAAGAACGUAAGGCAGAGACAGAACGAUUUCAAGAAGAUGACGCAGGAGGUGGUGCACUGCCUGGUGCGUCUGGCCCGUGGGGCCCUGCUCCCGCUCAGCACCGCGGGGGCCGGCGGCCGGCAGCUUGGGGGCGGGGAGACAAAGGCCGAGCUCUCGGGACAGUGGCUCACUCACGCCAUCCAGACCCUGCGGCUGACGUACGAAUCCUUGACCGCCCUCGAGAUUCCUAAUGAGCUGUUACAGGCGAUCCAGGACCUCACUCUGGACCUCCGCGUGCGCUGCGUGGUGGUCACGCUGCAGCAGGCGGCCGAAGAAAUAAAGCGGCUGCCGGAGAAGGAAGACUGGGUUGUUGACAGCGAAGGCCUGACUUCCCUACCCUGCCAGUUUGAGCGGUGCGUGGUGCACACCUUGCAGUCGCUGAGAGGGGUCCUGGAGUGCAAGCCCGGAGAAGCCAGCGUCUUCCAGGAGCCUAGGACCCGGGAGGAGGUCUGCCAGCUCAGCACCAACAUCGUGCAGAUUUUCAUACACUGUCUGGAGCAGCUGAGCACCAAGCCUGACGCCGACGUAGACACCACACAUCUUUCCACAGACGUUUCUUCUCCUGAUUUGUUUGGAAGUAUCCAUGAAGAUUUCACUUUGACUUCUGAGCAGCGACUUUUGAUCGUCCUCAGUAACUGCUGUUACCUGGAGCGUCACACCUUCCGAAACAUCGCAGAACAUUUUGAAAAGCACAACUUCCAGGGAAUAGAAAAAAUAACACAGGUCAGCAUGGCCUCGCUGAAGGAGUUGGACCAGAGGCUCUUUGAGAGCUACAUCGAGCUGAAGGCAGACCCCAUCGUCGGCUCCCUGGAGCCAGGCAUUUACGCCGGCUACUUCGACUGGAAGGACUGCCUGCCGCCCACAGGUGUCAGGAACUACCUGAAGGAGGCCGUGGUCAGCAUCAUCGCCGUGCACGCAGAGGUGUUCGCGGUCUCCAAGGAGCUGGUGCCCCGGGUGCUGUGCAGGGUGGUGGAGGCCGUCUCCGAGGAGCUGAGCCGGCUCGUGCAGUGUGCCUCGUCCUUCAGCCGGAACGGAGCCCUACAGGCGAGGCUUGAAAUCUGCGCUCUGAGGGACACUGUGGCUGCUCACCUGACACCUGAAAGCCGGUCCAGUUUCAAGCAGGCUCUGGAAGCCCUGCCUCAGCUUUCGAGUGGAGCAGAUGCAAAGCUGCUGGAGGAGCUGCUGGGCCGGGUCCGGAGCGGCAUGCACCUGCAGCUGGCCUGCUUCCAGGCCGCCCCGCCGCCCAGCGCGAGGACCUAGUGCCCUGCCGGAGGCUCCCUGGGCCCAGAGCGCUCGUGACGUCAGGCUGCUUCUGUGACUCACCCCGAACGUGACGUGGGCUUCUCGUCGGAGGUGUCCCUGCAGAGCCCACCCUGCCCGCGCCCUCCCUCCGGCCCCUGGCAGCCCCUUCCCCCCAGCACUUCCCACCCCAGCGGGGUCUGCUCUGGCCGCGGUGGAGGAGCUGCUGCAACUCGCUUUACCAGAGCGGGCCAGGCUGCCGUGACCGGUCUCAGAGGCAGCUCUGCUACCUGACCUCGUCACGCCGUUUGCUUCAGACGGCUGAGUCAGGGUCUGUGUUUCUGCAGGGUGUCCCAGAGCCCCUUCCCACACUGACGCUCACGUCUGUGUCAGGAUGGAGCCCUGGGGCCAGGGUGGCCGUGUGCUUGUCCGUCCGGUGCCUCAGUCACCGUUGUGCUCGUUCAUUUGGUGUCUGGGGGGGAGUCCUAGCAACUGGAAGGGAAAGUUUAAUCUUCUGCAAACAUCUGGAUAAAGCUUACUAAGAAACACACAGAGUGUUGUCUUUCGUAAGUGUGUUAACCCCUGUAUCCACCAUGCUCGACAUUUUCAUUAGCGAACUAGCCUUCUGUGCAUGUGGUUCUCACACUCAGAAUAAAUGCUUCCAUCCCGGUUCA